AUGGCUUCUCUACAUGUGCCUGCAGAAGAAUUUACUUGUCCUGUGUGCUGUGAAAUCUUCAAGACUCCUGUUCUUCUGUCAUGUAGUCACAGUUUCUGUAAAGAGUGUCUUCAUCAGUUCUGGAGAACCAAAGAACCUCAGGAGUGUCCUGUCUGUAGGAGAAGAUCCUCAAAACUCGAACCUCCAGUUAGUCUUGCGUUACAAAAUCUGUGUGAGUCGUUCCUGAAGGAGAGAAAAGAGAGCUGUUCAUCAGGAUCUGAGGAGAUCUGCAGCUUACACAGUGAGAAACUCAAACUCUUCUGUGUGGAGGACAAACAGCCGGUGUGUGUGGAGUGUGUUACCUCACAACAACACGACACACACACAUUCAGACCCAUCAGUGAAGCUGUUCCAUCACAUAAGGAUGGAGACUAUACACCACUGAAGUCCUCGCAAGAGAAACUUAAACACAAAGAAAGCAUUAAAGGAGAGUUUGAGGAAACAGGACAACACAUGCAGAACAAAAAUGAUUUAAUCAAGAAAAGCAUCUUAAUUGAAGAUGGAAAUCCUGCUCGAUACCAUCUGCAAACAAGGACAGACAAUUUGAAUCAAUCUGAACCAUAUAGAAAAAUUAUCUUUGGGGAAAGAAACAAAAACAAACCUCAUAAAAUCAUUCUGCUGGUGGGAGAAACAGGAACAGGAAAAACAACCCUGAUCAAUGUGAUGAUCAACUACGUGUUGUGUGUUCAGAGAGAAGACAAGGUUUGGUUUGAGAUCACAGAUGAUCAGAGCGACCGAACACAAGCUCACAGUCAGACCUCCAGCAUCACUGUUCAUGAGUUUUAUCCACAAGAGAGUCCAAUCCAUUUAACAAUCAUCGACACUCCAGGAUAUGGAAACACUGAUGGAAUCAAUCAUGAUGAAGAGAUCGCUGAGAGUUUGCACAGUUUAAGCAAAUUUGAUGACUGGGUUCAUGAAAUAGAUGCAGUGUGUCUGGUGAUUAAUGCAACACAGAAUCGUCUCUCUGACAGACAGAUCUACAUAUUUGAUGCUGUUCAGUCUUUAUUUGGGAGAGAUAUUUCUGACAACAUUGUGUUGCUCUUCACACACUCAGAUGGAAUGCAUCCUAAAAAUGCUCUGACGGCUGUUAAAGAAGCUAACAUUAAGUGUGCAGUAAAUGAGCAGAAUGAGCCAGUGUUUUUCCUGUUUAACAAUCGACAGUCAGAAGCUGCUGAUGAAGAAUAUGAAACGAUGAAAGGACAUGCAUGGAAUCUCAGUUUCAGAGGAAUGAAAGGAUUAUUUAAGUUUCUUCACACAAAAUAUCCCAAAAACCUGAAGAGGACUCAAGAUGUGUUACAAGAUCGAAAGCAGUUGGAGGCAAAUAUUUCUAAUCUACAAUCACGAGCUCAAACGAUGGAACUAAAGCAGAAUGAGCUGAAACAAACUCAAGAAGCUCUGGAGAAGUACAAGAAAGAUGUUGAAGAAAACAAGAACUUUGAGUAUGAAGUUGAUGUGGUCUACAAAGAGAAGGUUGAUAUUGAUCCUGCUGUAGCCAGUGUGGCGAUGUGCUGCACCGUCUGUAAGGAGAACUGUCAUUAUCCAGGAUGCUGGUGGGUCAGUAAUCUCUCGUGGUGUGAAGUGAUGAAAGAUAAUCACUGUACAGUGUGUACUAAUAAAUGCCACUACAGCAAACAUGUCAAAUCAGCACAAAUAUAUGAAACAAAAACAAAGAAAGAGAAGAGGACAUAUGAGGAAUUAAAGAAGCAAUAUGAAGACAAAAUUGGAAGCAGCAUGUCUUUGGUCAAUUGUCUGGAAGACAAAUUGCAAGAAUUAGAGAAUGAGAAAAAAAAUCUGGUGAUUGAUGCUUUUGAUUGUAUUGAAUCUCUGCAGAAGAUCGCACUCAAGAUUGAUUCUGUGCUCACACUUUUGCACAUUGAUUUACUGAUUGAGAAGCUGAAAGAAAUAAAUGAGCCUGAAAAGGCCAAAACACUGGAAAACAUCAAGAAGAGUUUGGAAACUCCUCAUGUGUUACUCAUCUGUAUCUGUGAGAAAACACACGACACUAAAGGGAAGCAGAAAGUGGAUGAUAAUGAAGCCACAGACUCAUGUGAAUUUGAGUUUAUAUGA